AAGAUGGGCGGUCUUUUCUCAGGCAUGCAGGCCAUCGAAGACGCCCGCGAGCUUCGGCGGAAGUGGCAAGCACAAGCUGCCGCUCGUGGUUCGACACCGCCGCUGGUCCCUCCGGAGGCCGACCAGGGCGCGGGGAUCCACGCGUUGUUCAUGGAACCAGUGCAGGUCGUUCCUCACCGGGAUGGCACGUGUCUAGUUGCCUAUGCAGGAAAGCACCAUUGUGACUUUCCCGAUGAGCCUAAUCCAUACGAAGUCCGGGCUCGAGAUGCGCAUGAGUUUCUUCUCGAGGCUGCUGGGGGCGCGCAGCAUCCGCGCAUCGUCAAGUACCUGGGCCCGCUCACGCCCGGGUUCAAGCUCGAAUUCGUCACCCCGGGUUCGCUGGAGGGCAUGCGCCUACCAGUCCUCAGCCCCGUCCCGCUUCCGGACAAUGACUCUCCCCCGCCGCUCCUCCUCCGCCUGUACUACCGCUGGGCGCUGCAGACCCUUGGCGCCCUCCGCUUCCUGCACUCGCACGCGGUCUACCUCAGCAACUUCUGUGACUGCUCUGUCUGGAUCCGCGCGGACUUCUCCAUGGCAGUGACGAGCUUCAUCUGCGCGACGGUGCCCAGCGACGAGGACCCAACAUUCCUAUCCGGCGGCUGCCGCGCGAAUAACAUGUACCUUGACUUCCUCCUCGACGUGGAGGCUGAAUAUGACCCAGAGACCGGCGAGCAGCUCCUUGCGUCCCCGCGUGGUGAUAUCUGUGACUGGGCCACGCUAUUCUGGCUCCUGCUUACAAAUGGGUUCGCGGUGGAUCAGCCGCCGCGGCCACGGGUGAAGUGGCCAAUGCUUUUCCCCGAGGAUCCAGCAACGGGCGAGGGGUGGCCUACGUGGUGGGAUGAGCGGAAGGAGAGGCAGUUAUUAAGUAAGAGGAGGUUUCACCAGUUAGAGGAGGCGAGGAUGGGGGGGAUUCUUGUCAAGGCGUGGAGUGGGGGGUAUAAGGGUGUAGACGAGGUGAUAUGGGACCUUCGCGCGUUGCUAGAGAAGAAAGGCGUUGAGGUUCUCGGUGAGGACGAGAUUCUACCUAUAAAUGGGGAGUCCUCUUCUUGGGAGGACAUGCUGAUCACUGUCCCUCCCGGGGAAAUCCGGUUUCGUGAGAGGGGAGGUCGGAAAGCAGGCAAGGUGCUUUCGCAAGAGUGUCUGCCUCCUUAGGUUUAAUGUGGUUGACUCAGCAGGAGCGACUCAUCCAGGGCCAGGUCUCUCGCCGCUGAAGCAUCGAUUUCUCAAUUUAAUAUUUUUUUUUUUU